AUACGUCAGCCUUUAUAAAGUACGUCACCAGUUCCGACGCACGUUGCUCGUUUGUUGUUUAGCACUUAGCAGUUAAAUCUAAACAUUUCACAUGGCGAAUGGAUGCAAAGACGUGCUGUUUACACGCGGAGCCGGACAAAGUGACGAUUCGGACAUAUGGGAUGACACAGCAUUGAUAAAGGCUUAUGACAAGGCAGUGGCAUCAUUCAAGACUGCCCUCAAGGGUGAAGAUGAACCACAAACUUCCAAGAAAAACCACCCAGGAAAAAAACGCAAGAACAAUAAAAAGAACCAGAGCAGGAAAAGAACUAAUGCACCGCCAGAUAAAGAGUGGCAGGUUGGAGAUUAUUGCAAUGCUUACUGGUCAGAGGACGGCCAGCUGUACUCAGCCACCAUCUCCUCCAUAGACAACACGAGGGGCACUUGUGUAGUUGUUUAUACAGACUAUGGUAACGAGGAGGAGCAGAACCUUGAAGACUUGCUUUUAGAGAUUUCUGAGGGUGAUGAGGAAACAAAUACUAAGGUAAAUGAGGUAGAAUCUUCAACAGAGGAGAGUGACCAGUCAACUCCACCAAACCAACACAGGCAGCAGCCAAACAGUAAAACCCAAAAGCCCAAGGCCCACAAAGAACCUCCUCCCAUGUGGGCUCCUGGCUUCCCUGGGUUUCCUCCAGGCCCGCCGCCAAUGCCAGCUUUCAGACAGGGUGGAAGCAGGAGAUCUGGUGCUCAUGGACCUGUACCUCCCUCCUGGCCUCCCAUGAUGCCCUUUGGUCCACCAAUGAUCCCUCCACCUCCUCCGAUGAGCCCAGACAUGGUGGAUGAUGAGGCGUUGGGCAGCGUGCUCAUCUCCUGGUACAUGAGUGGAUAUCACACGGGAUACUACUUGGGGUUGAAACAAGGACGCAAAGAAGCUGCCAAUUGGACGAAACUGCACCACAAAUGAAAUGAUCAGCACAAGUUAGCCAGUUACGCAGGCUGUCACCUGGAGCAGCAACCACCCUCCCUGUUGUGCCUGAUGUGUGUCCUUGUUUCAAAAGGAAAUGUAAAGGAAAUGUACAUGGUGUGAACAGAUCACUCAUAUGAGUUCAAGGAGGAGAGUUUUGUAUUCUUUGUAAAUAAAUUAAAUAAAGGCUAUCGGAGCACAGUUAUUAA